GAUGUUGAAGAAUUAGUAAGAGAUUUUCACCCUACGAUUGUGAGAGUACGAACGAAUAAGGAUGACAGAAGAAAAGUGUUUGCUUUUGUUAAAUUCAGACAGUUGUCCCAUGCAGAAGAUUGUGUUAGAACAAUAAAUGAUACCUGUCACAGAGGAAGAUUAAUAAAAGUUCGUUUUGCUGGAGCAUUAUUUGAUCAAGAGAAGAAAGAAGAUGGUGGUUGCCAAGUAAAAACAUCAGCAUCAAGUCUUACAACAGAGAAUGACUCCUGUUAUAAUGAGUUAAAGCCAGAUGUACAUGGACGUUACAGUCUGUGUUAUCCCAGAGAUAAUGAACCACCUGGAACAUCAUCUCAGACUGUUGCUGAGAAGUUCAAUAGGAUUAAUGACUUCAGAGAGGUUCAUUUCACUCCAGGUAUGAUCUUUGUGAGGUUUAUAUCUAAGAGAGGAGCAGUGGAAGCAUUUGAAAAGUUUUAUAAAGAGCUGGAUAUGAGAGUAGCUUAUCAUAGGAAAAAACAGUUCGAUACAGCAAAACAAUGGAACAAGGGGUCAUUACAGAGUAAAUCCUUUAAGGAAAAUAGUACAGAAUAUUCAAACAAAUGGCCAUCACAUGCCCAUAAUUCGAUGCAUCAAAAUACCACAGAACAUUCUAACAAGCAAUCUUCGCAUUCAGAAACAUGUACUUCAGAAUAUUCAAACAAUGCGUCAUCACAUGGUAACCCUCCUUAUCUAGUCCAUACAAAAGCUAAAAGCAUAUUAUACAGUCAUUCCACUGAUCAAGAGGAAACAGAGCAAUCCCAUAAUGAUCCUACAAGUCAUGGAGCUUGUGCAAGUUGGGGAAAAGAAAAAGAUUCUGAAUAUCAGAAAUGGUCAAUGCCAGGUGGACAUUCAGAUGAUAGAGAGUCAUGUGAUGAGAAAAAUGAAAAGUAUUUCUGUGUACCUUCAUUGAACAAAGAUAAUCUGUCAACUGAUGGUUCACGUAAAUCUGAUCAGGAUAGCUGUACAACUGAGGCAAUUAACUUCUCAUAUCUUAAACAGCUGCAGAAGAUUUGGAAAAAUUGAAACUACCACAGUUUCACAUCUUUAUAUCACUGAAUGUAUUACCAGAAGUAUAACAAUUAAGUCAUCAACAGAUGGCAUGCUGGUCUGUUGAGUAAGAAGAAAGGAUAAUAUACAUAUUAACAUAUAUAGAGGUUA